AUGGUGCUGAAGAUUCGGAACGAGGAGCGGAUACCAGCAGACUGCCUUCUGCUCACUUCCUCGCAUCCUGAUGGCCACUGCUCUGUGGAGACUGCCAAUCUCGACGGCGAGACGAAUCUCAAGAAGAAGACUGCGGCGCUCACGGAAGCCGAGUUCGAGGAUGCUGCGCAGAACGUUCGCUUCGUUGGCGGCCUGCCUCAAAAGAAAUUCGACCUAGCCCCUCCUGGUAGGAGCCUCGGCUUGUGGGAUGCAUCAGACUUGAAGCUCAUGUGA